AUCAAUUACUGGUCGCUGUAGCUCAAGCGCAUUGUGAGCGCGGCCGUGGACGCAGACGGAGGGGCGCACAUAUGCUAGCUCUCACUGUGAAGGAUCGUGGCCAUUGGAUUACUACCACUGCAACACAAUUGAGUAGAGCCUUAACUGAGCCGAACAGAGCGCUUUUAUGCUCCUGAUUUCAUUCUAUUGGGAUUUAUAAUCAAGACACAUAAUCCAAUCGGAAUUUAAGAGCAGAAUUAACCAUCCGUGACCAUGGAUGAAAUGAAGACAUGUCUCAUCAUUGUGUUUGUCUUGUUUGGGUUGUUGUCAGUUACCCGCGGGCUGGCCCCACCGACCAUUGUAUCAACUGAAGAUGAGUUUGUUCUCGAGCCGCUCUCCGUGUUCAACAUCAGCUGCACCGGUAAAAGGAACGUUGCUUGGGUCGAGCCCCUACCAGAUGACACAUUUGUUUUGCCUGGAUAUUACACGGCCACGCUCUUCAUCUACAACGCUUCUGUGACACACACCGGAAUUUACACCUGCAAAUAUCAAGACAAAGAGGGCGAUGAAGAGGAGGAUGGCGUUGACAAUGAUGCUUUCAUAUACGUUUUCGUCCCAGAUCCUGAGAUUCCAUUUGUGCCUGAGGAGCCAGAUAGCUUGCUAGUUCCAGUCUAUCCCAAUGGAACCAUCAUCCCCUGCAGGGUGUCAGACCCUCACUCCCUGGUCGUCCUAAAGAGUGCUCCCAGUGGAGUAGAGGUGGACGCAGUUUAUGAGAACAAGAUCGGCUUCAUUGGCAACCUGGAUGCUGGAUUGUACAUCUGUGAGACCACCGUGAAUGGCGUGACAAUGACCAGUGACACCUACACUGUGGAGGCCAACAAACAGAUGGAGAACGUCCAUGUGGAGGUGAAGGCCAGCGAAGAGGCAGUGAGACUGGGGGAACCCUUCAACAUCACCUGUGUUGCCCCUCCAGGACUGCCCUACCAGCAGCAGUGGCUCCACCCCAGGAAACAGGCUGUGGAUGCAGUCCAGAUGAAGCAGACUCUGCCUGAUAGAGUGGUAUACACCCUCAGUAUCCCAGCAGCCACCUCUCAGGAUAGUGGGGUGUAUGAGUGCUCCAUCACCAACAACUUCAGUGGCGAGAUCAGAGCCAACAGGGUGGCUGUCACUGUCUUCGAGGAGAACUCCUUUGUGACGUUGGACCACAGUGGGAUUGGAGUGGUGGAGUUUGUCAGUAUGAUGGAGGAGACAGAGUUCACCAUCAAUAUUGCAGCCUUCCCUGCCCCUAAAGUCACCUGGAUGAAAGACGGUAUCGCCAUCACUGAGAACAGCUACUUCCUCACCAAGACCAGCCAUCUGGAGGGCAACCAGUAUCAGAGCACUCUGACUCUUCGGCAGCCACUAGAGGAGGACAGUGGUAACUACACCAUUAUGGUCCUCAGCAGCCCUCACACUGCCCAGUUCUCUUUCACCCUCAAAGUGAAAGCCUCAGGCCCAGUACUGUUCCAGCCAGCCUCAGCCCCGGUGCUGUUCCCCCAGAGAGAGGAGAUGGUUGUUCCCCUCCACACCCCCUUCACGCUGACAUGCAGGGGCGAGGCCGAGCUGGCCUGGGACAUGCCCGUCUACCAAUCAGAGCAGACCGAUGAGGACAACAGCGGCCUGUUCGUCACGACAGUUACCGUAGAGAAUGCCACUGCGGCCCACACUGGCUUCUACACCUGCUUCUACAACGGAGGGAACUCCACUGAGGAGGGAGAGGACAGCAGCAUCUACAUAUAUGUGCCAGAUCCAGAGGUGCCCUUCGUCCCCUCUCUGGUGCCCUUUGGCAACCACGUCCUGAAUGGUCACGAUGAGAUGGAGAUCCAGUGUCGCGUGUCGGACCCCAGUGCCAAUGUGACCCUGGUCAACACUGAUACCCAGCAGGCCGUGCCCAUGAUGGUCUACGACAGCAAGAGGGGAGCCGUGGGCUUCUUCAGCGCAGGAACCUACGUCUGCAAGGCCCUCAUCAAUGGAGAGGAGCAUCUCAGUGAGGAGUACAUCGUCCAUGGCUGGGCAGGGGGGUUAGAGCUGCAUGUGGAGCUGAAGGCUCAGAAGACUGCCCUCUUGGUGGGAGACACCAUCACUGUCUCCUGUGUGGCCCGGGGGUCUGAGAUACUGGAAGACCACUGGAAGUACCCUGGAAAACUGGCGAACCGUGGCUUGAAGUCGGUGCGUGAGAAUAAGAGGGACCAGGAGAUCCAGUACAUCAUGACUGUCCCCCAGGCCUCAGCCAAAGACAGCGGCAUCUACGCCUGCUCCAUCACUGACAUCAUCAGCAAUGAGAGCCAGACCAAGGAGCUGGCCAUCACUGUCUAUGAGAGCCCAUUUGUGUCGCUGCACCCUGCAUUUAGUUCUCAGGAGUCAGCAGAGCUGGAUGAGAGCAGAGAGUUCCGGGCCGACAUUGACUCCUUCCCCAGCGCCCAGCUCACAUGGCUCAAAGAUGGCCUCCCCCUCAACUACGUGGCGGCUGAGAUAACCACCAGCCUCCAGCAGCUCAACGAGACCAGGUACCAGAGUGUUCUGACCCUGAUCCGGGCCAAGGAGGAGGACAGUGGGAACUACACCAUCAGAGUGCAGAACGGGAACCACACCCACAGCCACAGCUUCAGCCUGCAGGUCAAAGUACCCGCAGUCAUCGUGGACCUGAUGGACGUCCACCAUGGCUCAGACUCAGGCCAGUCUGUAGUGUGUAUCGCUGGAGGCAUGCCCACUCCUGAGGUGGAGUGGUUCAUCUGCAAGAACAUAAAACACUGUGCCAACGACUCGUCUCAGUGGGUGCCCCUGCCUACCAACGACACAGAUGUCACUGUGGAAGCACAUUUUGAUCAGGACAACCAGCUGAAGAGCCAGCUGAUCUUCGUGCAUCUUGAGAACACUCUGGCCGUCCGCUGCCUGGCCAGGAACGAGAUGGCCGUCGUCAGCAGGGAGGUCAAGCUGGUGUCACAAGGCCCCCACUCUGAGCUGCCUGUAACUGCUGCUGUCUUGGUGCUGCUGGUCAUUGUCAUCAUCUCACUCAUUGUCCUGGUCAUUAUCUGGAAACAGAAGCCUCGCUAUGAGAUCCGCUGGAGGGUGAUAGAGUCAGUGAGCCCUGAUGGUCAUGAGUACAUCUACGUUGACCCCAUGCAGCUGCCAUAUGACUCCAGAUGGGAGUUCUCUCGCGAUGGGCUCGUACUGGGUCGUGUCCUGGGCUCUGGGGCGUUUGGGAAGGUGGUGGAGGGAACUGCAUACGGACUCAGCCGCUCCCAGCCCGUCAUGAAGGUGGCUGUGAAGAUGCUGAAACCCACGGCCCGCUCCAGUGAGAAACAGGCCCUGAUGUCAGAGCUGAAGAUCAUGACUCACCUGGGCCCUCACCUCAACAUCGUCAACCUGCUGGGGGCCUGCACCAAGUCAGGCCCCACCUACAUCAUCACUGAGUACUGCUUCUAUGGAGACCUGGUCAAUUACCUGCACAAGAACAGAGAGAACUUCCUCAGCCUGCACCCAGAGAAGACCAAGAAAGACCUGGACAUCUUUGGCAUCAACCCUGCAGAUGAGAGCAGCAGGAGCUAUGUGAUCCUGUCCUUUGAGAGUGGUAAAGGGGACUACAUGGAGAUGAAGCAGGCAGACACCACGCAGUACGUGCCCAUGCUGGAGAUGAGUGAUGCCUCCAAGUAUUCCGACAUCCAGAGGUCUGAAUAUGACCACCCACCAUCACAGAAGGGUGAUAAUGAGAUGGACAGCCUGCUGUCAGAGGACGGCAACGAGGGCCUCAGCACCACAGACCUGCUCAGCUUUACCUACCAGGUGGCCAGAGGCAUGGAGUUCCUGUCCUCUAAGAACUGUGUGCAUCGAGACCUAGCUGCCAGGAAUGUCCUGCUCUCUCAGGGGAAGAUAGUGAAGAUCUGUGACUUUGGCCUGGCCAGAGACAUCAUGCAUGACAACAACUAUGUCUCCAAAGGCAGUACCUUCCUGCCAGUGAAGUGGAUGGCUCCUGAGAGUAUCUUUGACAAUAUGUACACCACUCUCAGUGAUGUCUGGUCCUACGGCAUCCUCCUCUGGGAGAUCUUCUCUCUAGGUGGCACCCCAUACCCAGGGAUGGUAGUGGACUCCAGCUUCUACAACAAGAUCAAGAGUGGCUACAGGAUGGCCAAACCUGAGCACGCCCCCGCUGAUGUGUAUGAGAUGAUGAUAAAGUGUUGGAACAGUGAGCCUGAGAAGAGGCCUUCCUUCCUCAGCCUGAGUGAGAGUGUGGCUUCACUGCUGCCCUCCGGCUACAAGAGGUGCUUCGAGAGGGUAAGCCAUGAGUUCCUGAAGAGUGACCAUCCAGCAGUGACCAGGGUCCAGGUGGAGGGUGAUGAUGCCUACAUUGGGAUCACCUAUAAGAAUCAGGACAAGUCGAAAGACAGGGAGAGUGGCUUCGACGAGCAGCGCCUCAGCUCUGACAGUGGUUACAUUAUCCCCCUCCCUGACCUGGACCCUCUGUCUGAUGACGAGUACGGCAAGAGGAACCGCCACAGCUCUCAAACAUCUGAGGAGAGUGCCAUAGAGACAGGCUCUAGCUUCACGCUGGCCAAGAGAGAAGGAGAGACCCUGGAGGACAUCAGCCUGUUGGAUGAGAUGUUUCUGGGCUCAGAGCUGGUGGAAGACAGCUUCCUGUGAAAGGCCUGGAGAAGCCAAAAGCCUGCUAAAGAGAGGGAGAGAGUGAGGGGGAAAACACACCUGAACACAGACUCUCAGACCACCCAAAGACCCCUCCUCGCCACCCCCUAUCUCGACCCCUCCUCAUCCUCCGCCCAUACACCUCCAUUCCUCUCAGGAGGACAGAGCAAAACCACUUCACUGCUUGGACGAGUCUGUGGCCAGAUCAUGGUACGCCUGCCGUGGGGCUAGAGGGACGAGCAGCAUGGAUGGAUGGAUGCUACACUAAAGACUCACCACGACCAUGUGGUUACAGAGUCUCUAUGGAACAUUACAGUGAUGGAUGGGACUAAGAGCACAUGAGGAGAACAUGGAGGAAGAUUUUUAUAGAAAUGUAUAAAACCUUAUUGUAAUGGGCAUUCCGAACAGCAUCAUAAGCAAGGACGGAUGGAGGGAUCAGAAUGCAUCAGGCGUGAAAAUCAAAGACCCAGAAUGACGGGCAGUUUAUAUCAGCCAUGCAGAACCACUACAGACAUACCCACAUCACACCAGUGCCUACACAACAGACGGCUUUACUUCACAACUCACCUACCUGCAGGAUAUGCACUACAGUAUAUCUGAUGCUGGCACAAUCAGUAGCAAUACAUUGAUUUAAAAAAAAAGCACAAUACAUGUAUAUGUUUUUGUAUGUGACCAUAUGGCAUUUGUUGUCAACAGCUAAAUAAGUGCAGCAGUACAAGUAUUUUCUUUCAACAUUUUAUCACGUGUGUGUGUAUAUAUAUAUAUACUACCGUUCAAAUGUUUGGGGUCACUUAGAAAUGUCCUUGUUUUCUAAA